AAUCGAGCACGAGCGAGCACCACACUCGGCAGCAAUGGGUUCGAUCGAGUGGCACACCCGGCAGCUGCUUUCUGAGUGUUCGAGUCUGUUUGAUCAUACUCUCUUCAAAACGAUCACAAGCGAGUGUCCACACUCGACACCCGCAGCUAACCCGAAAUGUGUUCAACUAUUGCCACGGAUACUCGGACAGAACACGGGUGUAGAAGAAAUGUAUCACAUUUUUCUGAGCAAAAAUAUGAGAAAUUAUUAAUGUUGUAUACACUUUAACAGUCAAUAUUAUUGAAAUAUAGCAUUUAAACUAUAUGUAUGCAUGUAUCAAAGGAAUGACGCAUUUUAAAAUUAAAAAUAUAUUUGCAUAACCAUAACAUAAGACCAGACAAGCUGUAACUGCCAUUCGCAAUUUUGCAACCAAUAAAAUCUUCUUUUUUCGGCCAUUAUUUUCAAUAAAUAUCAUGUAAUACGAAUCAUAUAACAUUCUUAACACUCACAAAGCAAAUUAAUCAACUGUACUGACGAUUACACAUAAACAAAAAAUGCUUUGCACACUCGAGCCUAAACUCGGACACUCGAAUAUAUUGAUCCGCAAAACACCCGAACCCAAACAAACACGUAUGAACGACACUCGAGUGUUGUGAUCAACACGUUCGUCUGCGCACAGUCGCUAACAAGCAAUCCUGCUGCUCGUUCAAAGAAAGCAAUACAAGCCGGUUUCGGGUAAGUGUUCGAGUGUGCACGGAAAUUGUGUAUCCGUUGCAGAUCUCUGAUAAGUACAUACAGUGAAACUUCUCUAACUCGAACUUCCGUAGCUCGAAAUAUUCUCUAUAUCGAAUUUUCUUAAGAACAAAAUACGUUUUUAUAACAUCACUAUGUAAUUUUUUCCCUAUAAGUCGAAUUUCUGUUACCCGAAUAUUUCUAAAACACGAACUAAAAUGUCACAGAAACUGCAGCGGUAACCAAGCGUAACUCGAAUUUUUCGGGGAAACACCUACCGCAAUUUCGGGGAAUUACCGAGCUGCGAGUCGGCGACAGAUAACGACUUGUAUUUUAAAUUUCUUAGCACUUACAUAAGAUUGUAUCAGUUGUUGUUACAACGGUGGUGAAAAUUGUCAAUUUUUGUAGUGAUAUUGGACUAAAAUGACAUCAAAACGAAGUGUAAAGUGUUUAACGCUUAAGGAAAAGUUAAAGCUAAUUGCCGAGGUAGAAAAGGGCGAAAACAAAAAGAAAACAUUGCACAAAUAUUUGGGAUUUCUCCUAAUACGUUAUCAACCAUUUUGAAAAACAAAGACAAACUCUUAGAACAAAAAGGUGACUAUAAUUUUAACUCCAAACGAAAAAGGAUUACAACUUGCGUCAAUAAUGAUGUUGAUCAAGCUAUGCUUAAGUGGGUUACUACCGCACGUGAGAAAAAUCUUCCUCUCUCGGGAACCUUAAUCAGAGGAAAAGCUAAAGAAUUUGCGAUUGCUUUGGGUUGCGAAAAUUUUUCUGCUAGUGUAGGGUAGUUAGAUAAAUUUAAAAAAAGGCAUAAUAUCGCACAAAUGUCGAUUUGUGGAGAAAGUGCUUCAGCCGAUUUACAGUCUAGUGAAGAUUGGAAAAAAAAACGUUUAUCCAGAUUUAAUCACACAAUGCCACGAAAACGAUAUUUUUAAUGCAGAUGAAACGGGCAUUUUUUUUAAUGUUUACCCAAUAAAACAUUAGCCUUUAAAGGUCAAAAAUGCUUUGGUGGCAAAAACAGCAAGGAGAGAAUUACCGUUAUGGUUGCAAGCAAUAUGAGUGGUUCAGAAAAGUUGAAAUUGCUAGUUAUCGGAAGUCAAAAAACCCACGUUGUUUUAAGGGUAUAAAAUCACUUGAUGUGGACUAUGAGUACAACAAAAAAGCGUGGAUGACAAGUGAAAUUUAUGAUAAGUGGCUCAAAAGUCUAGAUAAAGUCUUUGUUGCCCAAAAUAGGAAAAUACUACUGUUCGUUGACAAUUGUCCGGCACAUCCUAAAAAUGUACAAGCAAACUUAAAAAACAUUAAACUGCAAUAUUUUCCUCCUAAUUUGACGUCUGUUCUACAACCAAUGGACCAAGGGAUUAUUCAAAAUCUCAAGCAACAUUAUAGAAAACGAAUUGUGAUGAAAGUUUUGGCCCAUAUGGAAGAACCAACUCCUACGACUGUGUCCUUACUUGAUGCAAUCAGGGAUCUAAACAAAACCUGGAAUUUGGGUGUAAAACCACAAACAAUCAGCAAUUGUUUUAGAAAGGCUGGUUUUGCUAAAGGUGAGUUAAUGCAGAAUGCUACUACGGAUGACUGGGAUGAAGAAGACAAUCUUCCAUUGUCUGAAUUGAAACAAAUUUGGACCACAUAUCGAACGGCAAUGGGAACCGAUAAUGUGUCUUUUGAUGAUUACGUCGAUACUGACCAUGGUGUGCAAACAAUGGGAUUCCCAACAGAUGAAGACAUUUUAGAUAGCGUCAUGGAAAAUCUAGUUCCUUCUGGAAAAGACUAAGAGGAGGAAGUCUCUAGUGAAAGCGAGGUUGUAACAACAACUGAAACUAUACCCACAUUUAAUCAAUCGUAUUCUGCUAUCCAGACCCUAAGAAAUUUUACUUCGUCAAAAGAAAAUGUUCCCAUGCGUCAAUAAAUGUAGUGGAACAUUUUAUAGAGAAAGAGAAAUGGUCCGUAUUUAAACAAAAAAAAAAUUACCAAUUUUUUCCAAUAAGAAUUUAUAUACA